AUGUCAGGACGUGGAAAGGGAGGAAAAGUCAAGGGAAAGGCGAAGUCCCGUUCGAGCCGUGCCGGUCUUCAGUUCCCCGUCGGCAGGAUCCAUCGUCUCCUCCGUAAAGGAAACUACGCCGAACGCGUCGGUGCCGGAGCUCCCGUCUACCUCGCCGCCGUCAUGGAAUAUCUGGCCGCCGAAGUUCUCGAGUUGGCAGGAAACGCCGCCAGAGACAACAAGAAGACCAGGAUCAUUCCCAGACAUUUGCAGUUGGCGAUCAGGAACGACGAAGAGUUGAACAAGCUCCUUUCCGGAGUGACGAUCGCCCAAGGCGGCGUUCUGCCCAACAUCCAGGCGGUUCUCUUGCCCAAGAAGACCGAAAAGAAGCCUUAA